CCCUACAAGCGCAGAAGAAGACAACUCCAAGAUUUAGACAAUGAACUAAGACUGAAAGUCAGAAGAGAUGGUUCAGCUGAUGAGAGUGAAUUAGACCAGAUCAAUUCAGUUGUAACGGUUACCACAAAAGAUGAAGCUUGGCAGAGUCUGGCUGAUGGAAUUGACAGUUCUGGAGGAGCCAAUGAUUACCAGAUGAUCACACCUGAUGGAAGCAAUUUAGGAACACAAAAUGUUUUAAAUGACAUGCAGAAAUUAAAAGAAAUUAGUGGACAAAUGAUGAAGAUGUACCAUGAUUUUCGAAGAUACUACUCUGAUGUUAGAGACAUCAUGUCAAGACAUCUAGAAAGGCUACAGAGGGAAAAAGACCACAUUGCAAUGGCACGAAUGGGGCAUCCACCACAUGAAGAUGACCCAAACGUCCGUGUUGGAGGAGAAGCUUUACAACCAAAUAUAGAAUCAAAUGUUAAAAAAUGUGCAAAUUGCAACAGGGACGCCCUGGCAGAGUGUUCCCUGUGCCGUAGGACACCUUACUGUUCCACAUUUUGCCAAAGAAAAGACUGGGGGGCCCACCAAGUUGAAUGUGUUCGAGGUGUCCAUGCACAACAGCAACAACAACCACAUGAACAGGAACAGGCACAUGAAUCACAAGGACAUGAUCCAACAACACAGCAACAGGGGGGCCAGCAGCAGCAGUCAAUUAUGUUGAUUGUGGAAAGCGAUCAGUAGAGGGAAAUGGAUGGAGGAAAAGGUUUAAGAUAUUUUUAUAUGAAAUAUGUUUAUUGGUUUUCAUGUUUUUUGAGGAUAAGUGUGAGCUGGGGGAUUUUGGAUACAAAUUAUAAGCCCAGUGUAGUAUAUAUAGUA